AUGAACCAUUUCAGUGGGCCUUAUGAUGAGCCCCCUGCAGUACCAUACUGGCCCUACUCCACGUCUGACUUUUGGAGAUACGUGGAGUACUUCCGCAGCAUCGGUGCCUACAAUCAUAUCAAUGAAAUGGCGCGGGCAUUCUAUGCCCAUCAACACCUUGGAGACACCUUAGGCUAUGAGGUGCCAGAAGUGCCAGAGUAGAGACAUUAUGCAUAGGCAGACAUGAUUUGGUCAACAAGGUUCAAGAGGUGCAACUGAUAUUACAUGCAUGAGAUCUACGUUGUUUUAUUGUCAUAUAUAAAUAUGUCAUCAACAAUUUUUUUGAGUGUAUACAAAAUAUGUUAGUAAAUAAGAAAGUAUAUUCUAGUUAAAA